CUUCUGACGUCACGCCUCACGCUCGGCAGUGACGCGCGACGGCGGAGGUACGGCACGCCACUUGUGACCAAGAUCAUCACAAGCGGAGGAGACGGCUCCCCCCGCCCGAAAGCCCUAGAGCAAAUGAACUAAUUCAUUUUAUUGCAACUCUGCUCUACACUAUCUUCAUUAAGGAUGGAUGCAGAAAAAAGUCAGAAAAUUUAUGAAGGUGAUGAGAAUGUACAAAAUAAAUUGGCACAAGAAGUUGUUGAAGACAAAUUAGCCGAAAAAGCUGGCAGAUCACCUUUCUCUACCUCACAAAUAAACACAUUUUCAACUGGAGAACAGGAAAAUCAAGAACAAAAGGAUGUUCAGAAAGGCAUGGCCAAACGGAUGUUACUAAAAUCAGCACAUCAAGAAGACUUCAGUGAAACAAAUAUCCUUGAAAAUCAGCUUCUUUGCAAAAGAAUAAAGUUGAUUGAUGAACAACAUGCCAAUGAAGGCAGAUCAUCGAAUGGCAAAAUAGGUGAAGAUUACCUUGCUGGAACAAGUAAUACAGUAGAUGAAACUGUAGAAAAUGUAGUUACAGAUGCCUCCCCUGAUAGUGAUGUCUUUAUUUCAAAUGCUUUUUGCACACAGCAUGAUCUCACACCUGAAGGUGAUGAUUUUGUACAAGAAAUACAUGUUAAAAAUGAACAUUCACAAAAAGUUCCCAUACUGCUUCCAGAACAUACACCAGGUUUUCCAAACAAUGAAACCACUAUUGGCUGUAUCACUAGCCACACUAAAAAUGAUUUGGAAUGCAAAACCUGUGAAGACACUUUUGCAGCUCCACCUGAUUUACAAAAACACAUUGAAGAAAGCCACUCUCAACAAACCCACAGUAUGAACCCACAUUGUAUUUCUCAAUCGAAGCAUACUUCAACUUUUCAAAUGCGUGUCAAGCAGAUGUCAGGCAAAGUUAGAUAUUUUUGCGAUCUUUGUGGUUUUCAGUCUUUCGAGGAAGAACUCCUGAGGACUCAUUUUCUUGGCAAGACUCAUCUACGUCGGCAAAACCUUGCUGCCCGUGGAGGAUUUGUAAAGAUCUUAACAAAAAAAGCAUUUCAUAAAAAACAGCAUUAUCCAGUCAAAGAGAAGAAUGUGAGAACAAUAGUUGCACUUAACAAACCAAAGAUAUGGAGUGCUGUUUCAAAUCAAUUAAGAACAUCAAACAGUAAGACGAAGAAUGUAAAAGCAAGCUGCAAACUUUUUGUUGAAAUGGUCCCAUCUAAAAAUAAUUUCCCAGAAAUUGCAGAGAGUAUUACCAAUGAGGAAACAUUUAUGUGCAAUGUGGAUCAAAAUAGUGAUGCCCAGGCUGAAAAGCCUGAUACUUCAGGGUCCUCAGACUGCAAUCCACAUAUAUCAGAACCUUCUGAAGGUGGCCAGGAGAGAUUUAGUAAUUUAAACCCCAUAGGGAUAUUUGUUGGGCUCCACCAUAAAAAGCCAAUUUUAUCACGAAGAGAAACUUUCAAAAAAAGUGGUUCUUUCAGAUUAAACCAGCAGAUAAAAAGACGAUACCAUCUUUUGGGCAUGAGUAGAAGGAGCAAGCCUGACUCUAGUUUGAAGCACAGUAUUAGGGGAGAGAUCAGUCACAGUGAUUCAUCACAGGUCAAAGAUUUACAAAUCAAAAGUGAUGAUAACCCUUUGUGCAAAGCUGCCUCUGAAAUGCAAGCUGUUGAUCCAGAUGGAACAAAUCCAGGUUCUUCUGUCAUUCUGGAACUUGAGAAUUUUCCAAAAAAAGUUGUUAAUAUGCAAAAGAGUUUAAAUCCUUGUACUCCCUGUUUAUUUACUUUGCAAAAGUCAGAAGGUUUGGAAUUGGAUGUUGAUAGGAUUAAUUCUGAAGAAGCUAAAUUUCAUUGUCAAUCAUGUGGUUAUUUUUGUGCAACCAGGGAAGGUAUAGAAUUGCAUUGUCAAAAUAAUAGAAACAAUAUGAGUAAUUGUCCUCACUGUUCAUCUUUUGCCCCAAAUGAUAUCAGCCUUGGAAGGCACCUGCGUGAUAAACAUGGUGUAUCUCACUAUUGUGUUACUUGCCAUAUGUAUUUUCUAAGUGAAGAAGAAAUGACAGUGCAUAAUGCAACUGAGCAACAUAUGAGUUCAUUAGCUCAGGAAACUACUGCUCAGCAACUUGAAAGUGAUUUGAUUCAGCAAACUUCACCUACUACAGUAGAAUCAAAUAGUCUUCCAAUGGUUGAAGAAGUGAAAAUACAACAAGAAAUGCCCAAGCCCUCUAUAGUACACCCUGGUCAUGAGUUGCAGGAGUCUGUUUUAAGCAAAAGCCAAUUUCAAUGUAAAAAAUGUUUUUAUAAAACAAGAUCUCCCUCUGUUUUUACAAGACACAUAAAACUUCGACAUGCACAGGAGUAUCAUUUCCUUUGUAAAGCAUGCAACCUUUACUCUUUAAGCAAAGAAGGAAUGGAAAAACACAUCAAGAGAAGUAAACACCUUGAAAAUGCAAGAAAAAAUAAUAUUGGUUUACGGUUUGAAGAAUGUAUUGAAAGAGUAUGUGUAGGAAUAAGUGAGAGUAAAAAGGUAACUGAUGCUUCCUUUUAUGGGACCAUAAAAGCACCACCAGAAAUUGAAGGCCUACCCUACUGUUCCCUGGAGAAUGCAUCAAUCAACAAGGAGCUGUUUUCAUCAGGUGAAACAACUAAAGAUAGCAAGUUGAUUCUGGGUACUGUACAAAAAAGAGGUAGACCUAAAGGAACAAUUUCUCGGACAUGUCCUCAUUGUGGUUUGCUGGCUUCCAGUGUUACCAACUUGACUGUUCAUAUUCGCCGAAAGCAUAGCCACCAGUACAGUUAUUUAUGUAAAGUAUGCAAUUAUUACACCGUAACUAAAGGUGACAUGGAACGCCAUUGUGCUACAAAGAAGCAUAAAAGCCGCUUGGAAGCUGGUGGGGUUGAAAAUGUAGAAAUCAUUGUUUGCCCAGAAGGAGGUAAUAAUGAAAAUAGUAGUAAGAAGAUAAAUAGCCCAAUAGGAGCCUUGAAUGAAUCUGUUGACCAUAGCAAUAAGUCUUCACAUUCAGAAAGUGUUGUUUUGGAAAGGCAGGGUAGUACUAUCCCAAUACAAGUAGAAAAUGUGAUUCAGAUUCCCGAAUUGGAUAUCAAUAGGAGCUCUUCAGAAAAAAAACAGUAUAUAAUUGCCAAACCAGACAAUAUUAGUCAACAUACAGAUUUCUUGGUUCAAACAGGACUUGCUAGUGCAAAUGAUAACAAGUGUGCUCAUUGCGAAUUUGUUGCACAUUCUUUUUCUUCUCUGGAUAUGCAUAUAAAGCGCAAACAUACAAAAGAAUUUGAAUACUAUUGCAUGGCUUGUGACUAUUACGCAGUUACCCGUCGAGAGAUGAUUAGACAUGCAGCAACAGAAAAGCAUAAAAUCAAAAGACAAUCUUACAUGUGCACUUCUGGAGAGGAGACAGAUGCGCUUGAAAUUGCCAAAGAAGUGGCUAUUGGGUCUGAGGAAGAACAACAACCCACAGAAGAAUUUCAGAUUAUAGCAAGUGAAACAAAACACAAAAAUAACAUGGAGAAAAGUCUGAAAAAGCAGAAUACUCAGAAAGUAAAGGAGUUCCCUAAUUACUUGGCUGCAGAAGGUUAUGUCACUUCAAAAAUGCAUAGACAAGGUUAUGUUUUUGAUGCUGAAGAUGUUGAGAUUGAAAAUAGAACUGACCAAAAUAUAGUAAAUGCAGUUAGUGAAGAAAAUGUACAAAAAGAUGUAAGACUUGGUGAGAUCAUUACGCUUAAGGAAACAAUCGAUUGUGCUCUGCGUGAUCAUAUAGAUGAUCAAGACACUGAAAAAUCUGAGCUUCCUUUUACAAUGGAAAGUGGGAAUGGAAAUAUAACCUUCAUUGAAGGAUCUCCUACCUUGAGUGUGGUGGAAAAUAAAGAGAAGUUGGGAGAAGACAUUGAUAAAGCAUAUAAAAAUACUGAGAUACCUGAUGAGGAAGUAAAAAUAGCAGAAACACAGUUGUCAGUACUUUCAGAAACAUGUAGCAUACUGCAACAGCAAACUGUUGUUGAAAAUAUUGAAAAAAACUUUCAAAAUAUGCAUAAUUUACAGGAACAAAAAAGCAUCCCACAGAGUUCUGCUACAGCGGAGGAGGAUACCCUGAUGGAUUCACAACAUGAAGCAGAAAUAUCUUUAAAUAACAUUUGGGGUGCAGAUGGCUCAGCAAUUGAAAGCGUGCAGGAAAGUAAUGAGACUUUGGACGCUUUUACCAGUUCUGCUGAUAAGUUGAAAGAGGGGUUGGUAGUGCAAAAUUGUGGUUCAUUUGACUCAUCUAUAGUAAAACUGAAAAGCCAUCAAGAUGGUUGUGAGCCAAAUGCUAUUACUGAUGUACAGAAUCUAAGUGGACUGAACGUUUAUGAGAAAGCUUUGAGAAUGGAUGCCCCACAAGGUAGUGCAAAAAGGAAGAAAUGUGAAGGGCUUCCCCCUGGUGAAUCUACACGCAUUCGCUGUGAUGACUGCGGAUUUCUAGCUGAUGGUUUAAGUGGACUAAACGUUCACAUAGCUAUGAAACACCCUUCAAAAGAGAAACAUUUCCACUGUUUACUGUGUGGGAAGUCAUUUUACACAGAAAGUAGUCUUCACCAGCACCUGGCUAGUGCUGGCCAUAUGAGAAAUGAGCAAGCAAGUGUGGAAGAGCUGCCAGAAGGGGGUGCCACAUUUAAGUGUGUGAAAUGCACAGAGCCUUUUGAUUCUGAACAAAAUUUAUUUCUUCAUAUUAAAGAACAACAUGAAGAAAUGCUCCGGGAAGUCAACAAAUACAUUGUUGAAGAUACUGAACAGAUCAACCGAGAGAGAGAAGAAAACAAGGGCAAUAUUUGCAAAUAUUGUGGGAAGAUGUGCAGAAGUAGUAAUUCCAUGGCCUUCCUAUCUCAUAUUCGUACUCAUACAGGAUCAAAGCCGUUCAAGUGCAAGAUUUGCCACUUUGCAACAGCUCAGCUAGGAGAUGCCAGAAACCAUGUCAAGAGGCACCUUGGGAUGAGGGAAUACAAGUGUCACGUCUGUGGGAUGGCGUUUGUAAUGAAGAAGCAUUUAAAUACUCAUUUGCUGGGGAAACAUGGAGUUGGUACACCAAAAGAAAGGAAAUUUACAUGUCCUUUGUGUGACAGAAGUUUUACCGAGAAGUGGGCAAUGAAUAAUCACAUGAAACUUCAUACAGGAGAGAAGCCGUACAAAUGCUCAUGGCCUACUUGCCAUUAUUCCUUCCUCACAGUAUCAGCUAUGAAAGACCACUAUAGGACUCAUACAGGCGAGAAGUCAUUCCUAUGUGACCUUUGUGGCUUUGCUGGCGGGACACGUCAUGCCCUCACCAAGCAUCGAAGGCAACACACAGGAGAGAAGCCAUUCAAAUGUGAUGAAUGUAACUUUGCUUCCACAACCCAAUCCCAUCUGACACGGCACAAACGUGUCCAUACUGGAGAAAAACCCUACAGAUGCCCUUGGUGUGACUACAGGUCCAACUGUGCUGAAAAUAUCCGCAAGCAUAUCCUGCACACCGACAAACAUGAAGGAGUGAAAAUGUACAACUGUCCAAAAUGUGAAUAUGGAACCAAUAUCCCAGUAGAAUUUCGCAAUCACUUGAAAGAACUGCAUCCUGAUAUUGAGAAUCCUGACCUCGCUUACUUGCAUGCUGGCAUAGUUUCUAAGUCUUAUGAAUGUCGACUGAAGGGUCAAGGAGCUACAUUUGUGGAAACCACAAGUCCUUUUACCAAAGCGGCUCUGGAGGAAAUUUCCUCAGUAAGCGACAAAGUUCUUCAUACUAGGAGAAGACACCCACAAUCAAGUGAACAAGUUCAGCAGGUGAUCAUUAUUCAAGGAUAUGACAGUGAUUUUGCAAUGGAUGCCUCAGUGGAGGAAACAGCAGCAGCUACCCUUCAGACUCUGGCAAUGGCUGGCCAAGUGGCAAGGGUUGUCAAUAUUACUGAAGAUGGACAAGUUAUAACUGCAAGUCAAAAUGGAUCUCAUGUGAGUAGCAUGAUUCCAGGACAAAUACUCACAGAACACCUGUCAGAUGGGAAAACACAAGUGGUGGUUGUUGAAGGACCACUUGGUGGAACUGGUAUGGAAGAUGCUGUUUCCAUAGACACAGCUUCUGAUCCCUGUAAUACCAUUGUCCAACAGAUAAUGACACAAAAAAUGUUAGAUUUACCAUUAAUUACCAGAGUACAUUCUCCUGAGUCCACCUCAGCAUUGAAUGCUUUGCUUUGUGCCGUAACGGAGCUUGGUGAAGCAGAGAACAAAGCAGAGGACCUAGAUAGGGAACAGCUCCAUCAUAAAGAAGUAACACAGACAUCAGAUCCAGAACCAGACUUUGUCUCUAAUGACAACGUGUCCGAGGAAACACAAAUAUUUCAUGAUGUCCAAACAUCUGAGUUAGAAACAGAAUCCAUGGAAGUAGUAACACAACUUGUGCACCCAUCUACCAUAAUUGCAUCUCAGGAGAGAGGUCAGGUUGCCUUCAAGAAGAUGGUUGAAGGUGUCCUACAGUUUGCUGUGUGUGAUUCAUCUGCGGCAGACCAGCUCAUGAAAGAAGGCGUCACUCAAGUUAUUUUGAAUGAGGAAGGAACCAUCCAUAUGGUAGCUAGAGAAGGAUCUCAGAUAAUAAUGCAAGAAGCAGGCAGUCAUACUCUGAGUGUCCAAAGUGAACAUAUGGACUUGGUUGGAUCUGAUGGAAAAAUUUCCCAGAUCAUUGUCACAGAGGAAAUUGUUGAAGCGAUGGUUCAGGAUUCUAACAGCAACUUCUCUGAUGGGGCAACCCAUUACAUUGUAACUGGAAUACCACAGGAGACAGAGGAUGAGUCUGGGAUAUAUUCACAUACUGUGAUAGAGACCAAUGAACCACAAGAGAUUUUGCAAGACAGCCCAGUUUUAAAUUCCAACAAUAUAUCAUCCAGUGGAAAUGAUGAACAUCUAGCUAGUAUGGUUAUAUACACAGAGGAUGGUUCACAAACAGCUGCUAUCCAAAGCCAAACAGAUAGCAAUGAAUUGUAAGAAAAAUGAAAUAUCUGUACCUUGUAUAUUUGACAGCAGGCAGUGUUAAACAGUGGAUGCUUCAAGACAUCACAUAUGAUUUCUAUUGUGAUGAUAUUUCUCCAUCUAUCCUGGUAUUCAAUAGAUUUGUGCGAAGUUAGCAUCAGCUGGGAAAGAGAAAUCUUUUUGUAUUGCAAUGGUGGUCUGAAAUGGCUCCAAACAUUGAAAAGUUUAUAAAAUCAAAUCGAAAUAGACAUAGAUGACACCACCAAAAGUAUCAAUUUAAUUGUCUUUGGUGAGAUGGCUUUUUAGGGUUUAUUCUGUUGUCAUCAGUUCAUUGCAUUCUGACUCAGUAACAUUAACUUUGUCUUUUCUCCAAAUUAAUUAUGUUAAACUUGACUUGUUUGACUUUGCAUAUGGAGAGCAAACUAAAUAUUCAUGCACCUGUCGUAUAACCUAGCUGAGAGAUGGAAUGACAAUUUCUAGAUUAAAUUUGCAUUGUACAUUCACAUUAGUUUUACCGUCUCAAAUGACCAGCCAUUCCAAACUUCUCUAAACAGAACCUAAUUAUUCCUAUUGAAAACUCAAAGAGUUCCUGAUGAAAUAAUUUUGAUACUUGUUUUAUUGAAUAUAUUUGGCCUUGUUUUCAUCUUCCACCCAUUGAAGAAGAGAACACUGUACUAAUCAACAGUUACUAUAACUGUAGCUAUGUGGAAGUAUUCACAGAAUAAAACCCAUGCUUUAGAAAGAUCGUUAUGCUUAUGACUUCAGUUUAAUUUUAUGUAAAUGACUUCUUCAUUGAAUAUGUUCAUACAGUGUUUUGGUUACCUUAAAUGAAUUGUCUUUCCCAUAUAUACCAUUCUGUAGUUCAUUUAUCAAAUCGUUUUUGGAGACAGUUGAGAUCCUGUAGACAUAAAAUGUUGCCAUUGACCUGGCAUUUCUUUCGGGAUGUUAAACUUCUGGUUAACUUCUGACUGUUAAAUAUAAGUUCCUGUUAAAAAGAGACAAAUUUCUGAUGCAAAUAUUUCUCUUUAUCCUAAGAAAUGUUAACUAUGAUGCAGAUGAGGUUAUUUUGUUGUUGUUUACAAUAAAAUGAAAGUGUUGAAAGAUA